AUGUUUUUUCGUUUUUCUACAUCUUCUUCAUUUUCUAGCUUCUCCAUUUUGUUGCCAAAACCCCAUAUUUUUCUUCCUUUUAAAUCUUAUACGACGUCGUUUUCAGCACAAAUCAUGCCUUGUAAACUUAUUUUUCGUCAAUUAUUCGAGAAGGAAUCAUCUACCUAUACUUACCUUCUUGCUGAUUCAUUGCAUCCUGAUAAACCAGCACUGUUGAUUGACCCCGUGGACAGAACAGUGGAUCGUGAUCUUGCACUUGUUAAAGAAUUGGGAUUGAAGCUUAUAUACGCUAUUAACACGCAUGUUCAUGCUGAUCAUGUCACUGGCUCUGGCUUGAUUAAGACUAAGGUGCCUGGCGUGAAAUCAAUCAUUUCUAAAGCAAGUAAUGCAAAAGCUGAUCUUUUUGUUGAACCUGGUGAUAAAAUCUACAUUGGAGAUAUUUAUUUGGAGGUUCGUGCAACUCCCGGUCAUACAUUAGGCUGUCUUACCUAUGUUACUGGAGAUGGAGUCAAUCAGCAUCAGCCAAGGAUGGCAUUUACUGGUGAUGCUCUAUUGAUAAGGGGAUGUGGAAGGACAGACUUUCAGGGUGGAAGUUCAGACAAAUUAUAUGAUUCUGUCCAUUCGCAGAUUUUCACAUUGCCCAAAGAUACAUUAGUAUAUCCUGCUCAUGACUACAAGGGGUUCACCGUCAGCACAGUGGGGGAGGAGAUGCUUUACAAUCCACGACUGUCAAAAGAUAAGGAAACAUUCAAGAAUAUCAUGCAAAAUUUGAAUUUGUCAUAUCCAAAAAUGAUCGAUAUCGCGGUUCCAUCUAACAUGGUUUGUGGAUUGCAAGAGACGAAAUCUGAUCUCUAAUCUCAGAUCUCUGGUUUGAUCAUUUCAUUGUGCCAGAAACUGUAAAUUUAGAGCAAUGUAUACACAUUUAGAAGUGCAAACAUACUAUGUAUGUUUUGAUGGAAAUGUUUAAUAAUGGUUUAUUCAAUGAGUUUGUAAGAGCUUUGUU